AUGGCGAACACGGAGGCCACACUAAACGAGUUAAGAGAGCAACUGCAGCAACUUCAACUAGUAAACGCACAGCCAACAGCUGCAAAUUCUCAAAACUUAGCUCAAAUCGUCAUCCCAAAAUUCAACAAAUCGAAUCCGACACUUUGGUUCGCGCAACUAGAGCGCCUCCUUAGUUUACACAAUGUGGUGCGCGACGACAACAAGUUUGACCUGGUGUCAGUACAACUGGAGGAAGAUGCAGCCCGUGCAAUCGAAGAUCUCAUUACUCGGCCACCUACUGACAACAAGUACGACGCAAUGAAGCGUCGGCUGCUCGAAACUUUCGGCGAAUCAGAGGAUUCGAAAAUGAGACGACUCCUCCGGGGUGGUGACAUGACUGGGAAGAAGCCGUCGGAGAUCUUGACUCACUUGCGUCGCUUAGCACCUGCUAGUGGGUGCGAAGCCGUAAUACGAAACCUUUUCUUCACUGAGUUACCUUCGUCGAUUCGCCCACUCAUUUCGGUUUGGGAGGAGAACGACCUGGACCAGCUGGCAAAAGAUUGA